CAUUCGACCAAUGAUAAUAUUCGACGACCGGCUGGAGAACAAUCGAGGGAUAAAGAGUAAAUUCAGCUGGUCGUUGUAGCCACAAGAUACAUCGUUGUAGUUCUAGUUACAACAUCAUGCGACCUCCGAAGUAACACUCAACAUGAAACGCUUUCGCGAUCGCGCGUGGACUUCGAAGAGGAGACGAAGAGGGGCGGACCUAUCGUUUUCCUAGAGGCCCCGGCCUCCUGAUUCCGAAGCGCAGAACAGCACUGAGAAGGUUGAUUCGCGUUGUCUCCACCUGACGUGACCUAGCAGAGCUCGAACAAGAUGCAGGAGCAACGGAACUUCCUUUCUGCGUCUACGGUGAAGAUUCUCCUUGGUCUGGGAGGUGCCUUGUUGAUGGCGUUCCAGCUUUUAGCGGUCAUGCUUCUCGUGAAUACUUUUCUCUUCGUUGAAAGUACAGAGUUGCAGGAAGCGGUAUUACGGGCUUCAUUUCUCAUUCCUCUAACAUUUAUUAAACCCUAGUAAGUUAGAAGUCUACAGCUAGAACUUACUUUACUAGAACUAUCUUUGACGAGAAGAUUUUUUGCAGAAGUCUGAGGUGGUAAAACUACGACUAGAGAUUAAUCGUCAACAUAAAAACAUAAGGUUGACGCUAUGAUCGCUCGGGGUGGUCCCACUGGAGCAGCUGACCUUGGAGGAUAGGCAGAGCUAGUAUAGACGCAAAUACUCUUGAAGAGACAUCCUUGUUGAGAUGCAGAACGUUCAAUCAACAUGGGACCAUUUUUUGCGGUGUCCUGUGGUGAAGAUCAUUCCUAUGUAUUGAUGAUUCACGCAAAUCAACACCAAGAUUCAUAGACCAGCACAAAAUAUCCUGCGUUUUGAAAGGUUGCACUUGGUAAUUGUACACUGUCUCCAUCCUUCAAAAGAAUGUUCACGUUGUGUCAGCGCUGAGAUCUCAACAGGAAUGGUUGUAAUGAGCAUCUGUAGUUGUUCUGCUUCCUCGUUGUUCAAUAUCUCAAGAAGAAAUAGACGAAUUAGAGCUUAACAGAAGUCCUGUUAUUGUGUUCUGAACGAGCGGAACCGAAACGAGACCUUCCUUGGAACGAUAUCGAGUUUAAGUACGUCAACCUGGAAGAUUGUCAUCUCGGCUCUCUCGUUAUUAUGAUUUUGUCAAUACUAUGAACAUCAAGAUACACCUUCAGAUGUUUAUUUUUUGCUUUUGAAUCUUGGUUGCAGCAAGAAGAAAGAAGACCGAAGUAACUUACCUAAAGAAAUAGAUACAUAAGAAUCUCCUCCUUAAAACAAAGACUUGCAGGAUAAAGCUGCCAUGCUGGGAGAACCACUACUUUUUCCCUUCUCUAGUGUCUGCAAAAGUAGAUAGUCGACGUAAUACAGAAUUCUUCGUUCUUCAUUCUUUGCAACUGAAUCGUUGUAAGUUUUUUGAACUGCGUUUGCAAUGCAAGAUAUAUCAGAUUGAAAUUUAAUAUUCCUUGCGUGUUCGUCCACCCAGAAAUUUAGUGGACAGUGCAGUUCGGUUUUUCUCAUUCCCUUGUGCAUGAAUCCGUAACCGUGGGUGCGUCAUCUGGUUCUCCUAAGAUGGGGUCCACCCGACGCGGGGACGUGUCCCACGAUGUGGUGUUUGCGCGGUUGCAGAAGGGAGCCCCCACGGGCGAACUGUCACUCUCGGCCCUUGCUGCAGAUAAGCCGCUAGUCGUGCAUUUCUACACGAGCUGAGGAGGCUGUUGGCCUUGCGCCGCCCAGAUGGAGCGGUGGGCCAAGAGCCAGAAAUAUGCUGAUAAAGCUGCGUUCGCGUGCAUCUGUGUGGCCUUAGACAAGAGAUUGGCGUUGGAGAUGGGCAACGAGAGCGGCUUGGACAAAGCUGUGAACGGCUACGUAACGACGAACGCGAAUUUGCCGAGGUAUGGCCAGUUGGGGUGUCAAGGAUUCAUCCUGUUUGACAAGGGAUUGAAGCUGAAGCACAAGGAGACAUCCUCCUUCCUGCAAGUGAAGCAACUAGCGUUUGAGCACGUCGAGGUACUAUCCGCUAUAAUUCUCUUGCUAUCAGCACUAUAACUCUUAACUCCGAUGGGGAUUUUCGUCCAUAUUAAUCGGAACAAGGACCAAUUCAAUUUUUUCGCUUUUUAGAUGAAACUUUAUACUUGGCAAGUACAAAGUGGAAUACAAACUACAAAGUAAACAUAGUACCAGAAAACUAAAAAAUGAAAAAUGAAUAAGAAACACUUGUUUCGCUCCAUAUUAACGCUUCUACGACUGAACUUCAGUCUUUGUUGGAUAGCCUUGUGGAGCAACGGCCUGCGCCAUAUCUUUGUCCCGGUGAGCAGUGCCGCAUACGCGGUUUGCGGAACCGUGCUGAACUGAAUGGAGAGCAGGGAAUUUGCCUGAAUGACCCAAAGGAUGGGAGUUUUGUGGUCUUUGUCCAGCGUGCGAGACAGCAAAUCAAGGUGAAGAUGGAGAAUCUCGAAAAUCUGUCGCGCGAAACGACAAUAGGGGACGAAUACAGUGGUCAGGUGCCGUCCUGUGAAGGGGGGGCUUGUAAGCCACGGGAGAAAAAACCAUGUGCGUCAGAGGAGAGCGGCAGUUCGACAUGUUCAUCCUCAGACAACAAUAAGACAAGUGCUGCCAACAGCAAUAACUUGUCUACUUCUAAUACAACCAGUCAACAGCAACAACAAGCUGCACCUGGUCCGCGAAAACAAGAACAAGUGCCUUCAAGCCCACAACAGGCCAAUGCUAAAAAGGAGGAGGACGAAUUCUGCUGUGACGAAAUUGUAAGCGAAAAUCCUGAGCCUCCGUGCAUUCGGAGUGGUUCCGAACAGCAGCAGAAACAGCAGCCAGCGACCGCAGCCACGACCACUUCGAGCUCUGCACCUUUAAACGGGUUCCCCCGUGCAGAUCCCAGUCCAGCAGCCUCUGAUGCUGCUUGGAAAGCUGCUCUUCGCUUGCUCUCUUCUGGCAGUGAAGCUGCAGGGGAGGUGUCGGGUGGUGUGGCUUCUCUGAGGUCAUCUGCAAGACCAAAGCGUCUGGGAAUUGCCGACAUGGAUGCGGAGCAUGACGAAUGCCUGAGCGCGUUGAAGCUGCUUGCGGAGCAGAGAAACGGAGCGGCGCUGGCCGCGGUUCUCAAGGUGUGUCGCGAGCACUUCGAGCACGAGGAGGCGCUCUGGGACAAGGUCGGUUUCGGAAACGGCACUCAGGCGUUUUCGGCAACGAAAAGCCACAUCGAAGAGCAUCGUCGGGUCCUUGGCGAAAUGGAGAGUCACAUAGCGGAUAUCGGAGGUGGUUGCGGGAAAGUGGCAGGUUGUUUUGCGCAGACGCUCGUAGAAGAAUUCUUCUCGCAUAUCAACGACUACGAUUCCCAGUACGAAGCAGCAGUGAAAAAGGCGAUCAAGGUUGGAUGCUAGUCCUAGAAAUUACAGCUCCUUUGACGGGCGGCGGGGCUGGUUGCAAUUUGCGUGAUAAAUUUGCGACAACGAACUGCUUUUGCAAUAUUUAAUUAGUAAGUAUCUGCUCUACCAAUAAGCACUAGAUUUACACCUUCAUUCAUUGUUUGAGUGGUAAUAUCGAUGGCUUGAGGACAUUAUGUUGAUGAUCAAACAAGUAAUGGGACACGCAUUUUUGUCUAAAAAUGGAAUUCAUCUCUCCUCUAUCCAUUCGUGACGAACUGCCCUGAUUUUUUGCUGAUUCAAGCAGUUCUGAUUUUGGAAUUAUCAUUUAUGUUUUACCUAGAAGAACAAGAAGUAUGCGCAACAAGCUCGUUGUCGUUCUCGUUUCAGACGUAGGUGCGUGUGUCUCAUUCUGCGUUUGACUCCCAUUGACAUUCAUCUUUCACCAACCACUGAUUAGUAAUUUGAGUUUCUUGCAUUCCAUUCAUUCUCCUUCUGUUCUUGAUGGAACAAGUGGAAGUGGUGGAAGCAUUAUUUCUAUAUUCUCCUGACGAGAAUUAACGUUCUUCGUAAUUGCCGAUCCUGCAAUCGCUCCUUGUUCGGAACGCGUUUUUCUUGCUGGUACUUACUAUGAACAAGAUGUUGAUGGAACGUCAGGCACGCCUAGUUUCAAAUAAUUCAACAAAAAACUACUUUGAGAUGACACAUGAUACACUGAACUAAUACUAAAAGGCUAAGUAGAAACAUCAUUUGAAGGUGGAGGGUCCUCGACCCGCCGAAGGUAAACUUGAGCGGUCAUGCAACUUUUGCAACUUUUCCCUUUGUUGAGUGGUCUCCCGAUUACAAACGACUUCUGCCCUUGAAGGAAGAAAUAACAUCAAAAACUUGAUGACUAGAGGCUGAGAAACUGAAGAUUUCUCUCCUCUUCAAUGAAU